AUGUGGGCGUUCUUCAGUUACAUGUACGCUGGCACCAUGAACGGUAGUGAGAGUAAUGCAUGUUGUAGGAAACGAUCAUCCUCGUUUGACCGUGACAUGAUCAAUCAGUUACAAAAUGAGCUUCGAAUUGCCAAACUAAAAUGGAAGCAGCUUCGGGACCUUCUCAAAGACUAUAAAAUAUACCGGAAAAUGAUCCGAUGGCAAGUGCGUGAGAUGGAAUCGCGAAUUGUUGAGAAUCAAAAUGCUACAGUCGACUUGAUGCUACGCAAACAGGAAGCAGAUGCCGCCGCGGCUCUUUGGUCACAACAGCUCGUGAAACUACUCGAUGCAGCGAAUUCCAGCUGUCCGGAAGCA